CAGCUAAAUUUUGUCACUACUCAAGAGUCAGAGCUAAAAGUUGGAAUUUUAAUACUCUGUCAGUGAUUAGUUGGUAAACAAGAAAAUCAAACAUCAAAUCCCAUCACCAUAAUAACAAGUACCCAUUUGAUUUCUAGCCAUUCUUGAUAAAUUUCUUCAAUCUUUUACUUCAAUUUUACAUACCAAUAAAGUAGCUAGAGGAAAAUGGCAGUAGUAAAUGAUGAUGAUCAUGAGCAACAAGUUAAGCAACCAGAAAAGAAGAAACCAGAGACUGAGGAUGAAAAAAGAAGAAAAAAGAUUGUUCCUGGAAGUUUGAUGAAAGCUGUGGUGAGACCUGGUGGUGGUGAAUCAAGACCUGCUGAGGGUAAUCAGGUAAUAUAUCAUUGUACAGUUAGAACGCUGGAUGGAGUUACAGUUGAAUCGACACGGUCGGAGUUUGGAGGCAAGGGUACCCCAAUAAGGCAUGUUUUGGGGAAAAGCAAGAUCAUUUUAGGAUUGCUGGAGGGGAUUCCUACAAUGUUGAAGGGUGAAGUUGCAGUGUUCAAAAUGAAACCUGAAAUGCACUAUGGAGAGAAGGAUUGUCCAGUUGCUGUCCCAGAUAACUUUCCUAAGGAUUCUGAGCUUCAUUUUGAGAUUGAGUUGAUUGAAUUCUCCAAAGUGAAGGUGAUCACUGAUGAUUUGGGAGUCCUAAAGAAGGUUAUCGAAGAAGGGCAAAGCUGGGAAACACCUCGGGAACCUUAUGAAGUAAAAGCUUGGAUUUCGGCGAAGGCAGGGGAUGGCAAAGUGAUUCUAUCACGGACUCAGGAUGAACCAUAUUUCUUCACAUUUGGUAAAUCUGAGGUACCCAAAGGUCUCGAACUGGGAAUAUCAACCAUGCCACGUGGAGAGAAAGCAGUCAUUUAUGUUAAAAGCCAAUAUUAUACAGAAUCUGCCUUAAUGCCUGUGGUAGAAGGUGUUGAUGAAGUUCAUUUUGAGGUGGAACUUGUUCAUUUUAUUCAGGUGCGGGAUGUGCUUGGAGAUGGACGCCUCAUAAAACGUCGAAUACGUGAUGGAAGAGGUGAAUUUCCUAUGGAUUGCCCUCUGCAAGACAGUCUACUGCGCGUACACUACAAAGGUUUUCUUCUUAAUGAAGAAAAGACGGUGUUCUGUGAUACAAAAAUCGACAACAAUGGUCAGCCUUUAGAGUUCAGCUCUGGAGAAGGACUUGUUCCUCAAGGGUUUGAAAUGUCCGUUCGUUUGAUGUUGCCUGGUGAGGUAUCUCUUGUAACAUGCCCACCUGAUUAUGCCUAUGACAAAUUUGAAAGGCCAGCUAAUGUUCCUGAAGGUGCUUAUGUGCAAUGGGAGAUCGAGCUUCUUGACUUUAACACACCGAAGGACUGGACUGGUUUCAGUUUCAGAGAAAUAAUGGACGAUGUAGAAAAGAUCAAAGGCACGGGUAACAGGCUUUUCAAGGAAGGGAAAUUUGAACUUGCCAAAGCAAAGUAUGACAAGGUGCUCCGGGAGUUUAAUCAUGUUCAUCCCCAAGAUGACGAGGAGGGAAAGGAAUUUGCAAACACCAGGAAUUUGUUGCAUCUCAAUGUUGCUGCCUGCUUACUGAAAUUGGGAGAGCAUAAGAAGUCAAUUGAGGCGUGCAAUAAGGUGUUAGAUGCAAAUCCCGUUCAUGUGAAAGCUCUCUAUCGACGUGGGAUGGCCUAUAUGGCUUCUGGAGAUUUUGAAGAAGCAAGAGCUGAUUUUAAUAAGAUGAUGAGCAUCGACAAGUCAUCUGAGGCAAGUGCAAAGGCAGCUCUUUUGAAACUGAAAAAGGAGGAACAGGAUGUUGAGAGGAAGGUUCGUAGGCAAUUUAAGGGACUGUUUGACAAAAGACCUGGUGAGAUCUCUGAAGUCGGGACUAAUGACAGAGGGGAUGACGAGGUUACAGGUGAAAAACUUGAUAAGGAUGAUCUCGACAAUUUAGACGACCAUGAAGAGAGAACUCAUCAGACCACAGCGCCUCCACCUCGCUCAGGUAUUUUUGCCCAAUUGAGAAAGCUUUUCACAUCUGUUGGCCUGAACAGAUGCACCAUAUUGUGAGGAGAUUCAAAACCACGAAAUAUCCUGCAAUGAUCUCGCAACAUCAUUUCGGUUCUGCUCAACCAUUAGGUGGUUUUACAGUCAAUCUCUCCAAAAAGAGAAACAUAGAAGGUGAUUGUUCACUGUGACAACACAAUAAAUUGAUGAAGAUGAGAAAACAGAAGAACAGAAAACUUCUAUUUUUGACAUAGAUGAUGUUGCUGUAGUUGUUCAUAGAUAUUAUGGAGUUAUUGAUCCUGAUAAUGGGAUUUUCUUUUCUACCUACUAGCCCAGAGCAACAGAAAUCUCUAAAUUAUAGCUUUGUGGAGGAUACUAAAUGACUAAUCUGAAUCAUUUCAACUUCUAAUUUACUAAA